UGCAGACCCAUGGCCCUAUGCACAAGAGUCCGCUAAAUUUGAAAAGCCCAAAUGCGCAUAUGGGCCACCAGCCAUUUGAUUGGACUGUACUGCUAACCGUCCGAGAUGCGAAUCCCCAAGCCAUCAAACAUACGGUUAAUACUUCCCGCCAUCGGGAACACCGCAGCAACAAAUCAGAGCCUCUGAAUUCUCAUAGACCAGAUAACGCUAUAGCAAAGAAGAGCCUCAUCAGUCUCCUCCUGCUCCAGAGCUUCCCAAACGGCCACCAAUGGCCGCUCUAUUCGGCGUAUCCUCAACUCCUAGUGCCGCCUUCGGAAUCCGUACGAUUCCAUCGAGAAGAACCAGCUACGCCACGAGAAUCUCCUGCGUCGCAUGGGAUCCGGAGGGAUUAUUAGGGGCACAGAAGACAACGGGACACUUAGCUCGCCUCGAGUUCAAGAGACGACUUGAGAAGGACGCCGACGCUCGCGAGGCGUUUGAGAACCAUGUCCGCGAAGAGAAAGAGCGUCGCCGAGCACUUCGCGAAUCUCGGGCGAUACCUGAUACUGCGGCGGAACUGAUAGAGUACUUCCUCGACACUGAAGCUCAGGAGAUCGAGUAUGAAAUUGCCAGGCUUAGGCCACGACUGAACGAUGACUUUUUUGGACAUCUGCAAUUUGAACUUGGGCAGCUUCGUUUUGCUGUUUCAAAGACUGAGGACAUGGAAGACAGAGUGGUUGAAUUGGAAACCUUGCAGAAGGCGCUGAAGGAAGGAAUAGAAGCAUAUGAUCGGAUGCAAGGCGAGCUUGUAACAGCGAGGAAAAGCUUAACCACAAUCUUGACAUCCAAGGACAUUAAAGCCACGCUAUUGGAUAUGGUUGAGAAGAAUGAACUCAAUAGAUCCUUAUUGACACUUCUGGAUGAAAACAUUUCAAGUGCCCAAAAAGGCAAUCAGGUAGCAUUUUCUUUGCCCAUUUCUUCGUUUUUUCUGUAGUUGUGGCUGUUGGCCUGUCUUUGUGAGUUCUUAGGACUUGUCUACCAUGUAGUUUCUUACCUAAACCUCUCCCUUGCCAGUGUUUUGUACUUGAAAUAUUAGAACUGCAUGACAGAUAAUUGUGGAGGGAUGGGUAAUGAAAUUGUUGAAGUAUAAUCUCAGAGUGGAAUCUGAACGAGCACUAAAUGAAAGAAGCAGCUGAUUUCAUGGAAAAAAUCCGUGGGGCUGUUCUAAAGUACGUGACUGUGUAAUACUCAGGUGGAAAAGAAAACACUACUCUCUCUCUCUCUCUGAGUCUGUUUUUAUAUCUGAGUUAGGCCGUUCCAGAUUUUGUAUCCUAGUGUUAAAGCAAUGGUGGUGAGUUAUGCUCGUUUU